CUGCCUGUGGCUGCUGCUGCUCUUUUGUUUGAUUUGGCUUACAAUGAAGUGCUGCCGCCAGCAGCAGUUCCCCACCUUGCUGCUGCUCUAAAGGGUGCUGCAGCAGGCCUCAGCAGCAAUUCAGCAGCAGCAGCAGCAGCAGCCGCAACACCAAAGAUCCCCUCAUCACAGCCGCAGCAGCAGCAGCAGCCACAGUACCCGCCCACAAAGCCGCUGCAAGCAGCUGCUGCUGCUGCUGCAGCUAAGGCGGCGGCAGCAGCUGCUGCAGCUGCAGCGGAUGCUGCAACUGGCAGCAGGGCAGAGGCUGUGGUUUGGUGGUUUGCUGCUGCUUCUCGCUGCACCCAGUUGCUGCAGCUGCCGCUUCCUGCUGCUGUCUCUGUGGACAUUUUCCUCAGCGGUGUUCCCGUGGCCCCGCUGCUGCCGUCGUUGUCGGCCGCUUUAGAAGCUGCUGCUGCUGCGCUCUCUGCAGCAGAUGCUGCUGCGCUGCUGCUCUGCUGCCGCUCUCGGCAGCUGUUCUUGCUGCAGCUGCAGCAGCAACAACAACGAAAAGCCCUGCAGCAGCCAACGGCAGAAACACUGCCAGCAGAAGCAGCACCGCUGCUGCGGCAGCAGCCGCCAGAAGCUGCUCCUCUGUGGGCAGCCCUUCGCCGACACUUCCUAGCGCCUGCUGCUGCUCCUUCCAGCAGCAGCAGCAGCAGCAGCAGCAGGUUCGGCAGGGUUCACCCUUGCUGCUAUCUUUCCCCGCGAAUGGACGAGCAGCAGCAGCUGCUGCUGCUGCAGGCGGUCGGCCUUGACGCUGGCUGGGCUGCUGAUGCAGGUAUAGCAGCAGGAGCAGCAGCAGCAAAUGAUGCAUCUUCAGCAGAAGCAGCAACAGGCGAGAACGAGACUGCUGAACCAGCUGCAGCAACAGCAACAGCAGCAGCAGCAACGAGCACAGGGAAGAACAGAGCGAUCCCAGCGAGGGGAGCAGAUUUGCUGCUGCUGCUGCUGCAGCUCACCAGCUUCCCUCUGGCAGC